AUGUCAUCCUCAGUCAAAGCUUCUAACUGGAGAUUCGUUCAAGAAGGACGUAUUGUUUUGGUUGAAAACAAGAACUUAGCUAGUAUAGUUCAAAUCAUAGAUGAUAAAAGAGUUUUAAUAGAUGGUCCUAAAGUCCCAAGACAAGCUAUCUCCUUGGCAAAAGUUGUCUUGACUCCAAUUGUAUUACCAAACUUACCAAGAGGUGCAAGAACCGCAACCGUCAACAAGAAAUGGGCUGCUUCUGAUGUUGACUCCAAAUGGGCUUCAUCAGCAUGGUCUAAGAAAUUGGCUGCAAGAGAAAGAAGAAGCCAAUUGAGUGAUUUUGAAAGAUUCCAAGUUUUGGUAUUAAAGAAACAAAGAAGAUUCGCUACUAAGAAGGCUUUAGCUAAAGCUUAA